CACAUAAUCCCAGGGGCAGGCUCCCCACAGCUUGCUCCUAAGGACAGCAGUGUGCUGGAGGUGCCCCUAGCUGGGCUAGUGGGACCUGCCACAGCCAGGGAGGACAACAGAGUCUGGCAGGGGACAAGAGAGCUGGGGGAACCGAGAGAAGCAGGGAGGAGCUGAAGACCUGAAGGAAAAGGGGGGUGACAUGGAGCUAGGGCUGUGUGGCAGGGCUUACCUGCUGGCUGGUGGGCUUUGGACGGCCAUCAGCAAGGCGCUGUUUGCCGAGUUCUUAGCCACCGGGCUCUACGUGUUCUUUGGUGUGGGCUCCGUCCUGCCCUGGCCUGUGGCACUCCCCUCUGUGCUACAAAUUGCCAUCACCUUCAACCUGGCCACAGCCACAGCUGUGCAGAUCUCCUGGAAGACCAGCGGGGCCCACGCCAACCCUGCUGUGACACUGGCCUAUCUCGUGGGAUCCCAUAUCUCUCUGCCUCGAGCUGUGGCCUAUAUAGCUGCUCAGCUGGCAGGGGCCACUGUGGGCGCGGCUCUUCUCUAUGGAGUAACUCCAGGAGGUGUCCGAGAGACCCUUGGGGUCAACGUGGUCCACAACAGCACUUCCAUCGGCCAGGCUGUGGCUGUGGAGCUGGUCCUGACGCUGCAGCUGGUGCUCUGUGUCUUCGCUUCCAUGGACGGUCGGCAGACCUUGGCGUCCCCGGCCGCCAUGAUCGGGACCUCCGUAGCACUGGGCCACCUCAUUGGGAUCUACUUCACUGGAUGUUCCAUGAACCCAGCUCGGUCCUUCGGGCCUGCGGUCAUUGUUGGGAAGUUUGCCGUCCACUGGAUCUUCUGGGUGGGACCCCUCACAGGGGCCGUCUUGGCUUCGCUCAUCUACAACUUCAUCCUGUUCCCGGACACCAAGACUGUCGGGGAGCGACUGGCCAUCCUCGUGGGCAUUGCAAAGGUGGAGAAAGUGGUAGAUGUGGAACCCCAGAAGAAAGAAUCCCAGACAAACUUGGAGGAUACAGAAGUAAGCGUGUGACAGCGC